AUGAUGGGGCCCGUGCGACAGUCGGACGGCGGCCACCUCUACGAUGUUGCGAUCGUGGGCGCUGGGUUCGGCGGCGUGGGGAUGGCGCUGCAGCUCGUGCAGGCUGGGAUCGACGACAUGGUGAUCGUCGACCGCGGUGACGGGUUCGGGGGCGUGUGGCGCGCCAACUGCUACCCUGGCGCAGCCUGCGACGUCCCGUCGCACCUGUACUCGUUCUCCUUCGAGCAGAGUGCGGACUGGUCGCGCAAGUACGCGCCGCAGGCUGAGAUCUUGACGUACCUGGCGGGCGUGGCGACGAAACACGGUCUUGACAAGUUCCUCGUCCCGCGUGCCGAAGUGCAAGCGGCCCGGUUCGACGAAGCAGCGAACACGUGGGACGUGGACGUGCGCAUGGCCGACGCGCCUCGCGCCGUCCGUCGGCUCCGUGCGCGGUCCCUGAUCUUCGCGUGCGGUCAGCUGAGUCAGCCUGCGCGCUGCGAGCACAUCCCUGGCCUGCAUUGCGGUGCCUUUCGAGGGCCGGUCAUCCACACGGCCGAAUGGGACAGCGCGCAGGAUCUGUCCGGCAAGCACGUCGCGGUGAUCGGCUCCGGCGCGAGUGCGAUCCAGGUGGUGCCGCAGCUGGCCAAGUCCGUGGGGAGUCUGACGCACGUGUGCCGCUCCCCCGCGUACGUGUUCCCCAAGGACGACCAGCCGUACAGCUCCUGGUGGCGCCGAGCGCUCGCGAGGGCCGGGAACGCGCUGCUGUCAGUGUCGCGAUCCAAGCAGCACGCGGCGCACGAGCUGCGUGGCGCUGCUCUACUUUCCGGGCUGCCAGGGUCGCUGAAACUGGCCCAGAACGCCUUCGCGCGCCACAUCAAGAAGCAGAUCCCGGAUCCAGUCCUGCGGCGCCGCAUGACGCCCGACUACCGCCUGGGCUGCAAGCGCAUCUUGAUGUCGAACGACUACUACGCCACCCUGCAGCAACCCAACGUCACCACCGUGCGCGGCGAGCUCGUGGACGUCAAGGAGCACUCGAUCGUCGUCUCCACACCGUCGACCGCACGCAGCGACGCCGGGGCGCCAGAUACGGCGCAAGAGCAGCUCGAGGUGCCAGUCGACGCGAUUGUCCUCGCCACUGGCUUCAACACGAGCGAGUUCCUCGGACGGAUUGACGUGCGCGGCAGAUCGUGCCACGCGCUGGCGGACGACUGGAAGGGCGGCGCGGUCGCGCACCUCGGCAUGACGGUGCACGGCUACCCGAACAUGUACGUCCUGUACGGCCCCAACACCAACCUGGCGCACAACAGCAUCGUCCACAUGCUGGAGGCGCAGCAAGCGUACGUGGUGCAGUGCAUCGCUGAGAUGGCGGCGCGGGGGCUGCGCGCGCUGGAAGUCAAGGCCGAGGCACAGGCGAUCUUCGACGAGGAGAUGCAGCGGCGGCUGCGCGCGAGCGUGUGGGCUACGGGCUGCUCGAGCUGGUACGUGGACGCAGCGGGGCGCGUCACGCACAACUGGCCCGGGCUCGUCGGGGAGUACCGGAAGCGCACGCGGCACCCCAACAUCGACCGCGACUUCAUCGCUGUGCGCUAG